AUGGCCACUACCGUUCAUACGUGCUUGCACGCAUAUGGCUGGACGACAAUCUAUCCCGCGCUCGAAGCCUUUUUGGAGCGCUGGCUGACGGCACGUGAAGCGAGCGGCGUGAGUCAUCUCGUCACGAGUCUGGCUGGCAUCUUCACCGGCGUCACCGCGCUGUGCCCACCGCUGCGACAGGCUUUUGUGGGCGAGUUUGUCAAAAUGUGCUGGCAGCAUUUGCUCGAGACGACGACCCCGCCCAUGCAGCAUUGGAUCCUCGUGGACGCGUAUUUGAUGGACACAGCACCACAGCACGUGCGUGGCAACUGGCUCGACGUGCGGCUACCGCCCGUGCUCAUCGGUAUGGUCGAUGGUUUUCUCUAUGGACGCUCCUUUGCAUCGGCGCUCGCACGCAAGCAGGUAUCGGCGUCGAAGCAACUCCAGCAGCUGCCAUUUGGGCUCGUUCAGGCCAUUGCAAGCCACCCGACGCUGCCCCAGCAACGGUACCUUGACGUGCUGGCGACCUCGAUCAACGAGCUCGUGCGCACCAGUGUCGACGUCGGGCGGGAGACACCGCAAGCUGUGUCGUCGAGUGAUCUUGGCAACAUUAUGGAUGCCUUGCACCGUCUGGGCUGCAUCAAUGCAGCACUGCUGACGGCGUGUCGAGUGAUUAGCAGCCCCGAGCGUGUCGUUGCCGGUCUUUUGCUGUUCCUACAGCUGCCGGCACCACCCCUGCCGCCCUCGGCGCAGUUGGCCAUUGCCCACUUUGCCGAGUCGGCGGCACCGACGUUCCACUAUACCGACCACACGCAGCACGACGACGUCCUCUCUAGCUUCGUUGACGUGAUCGAGGUGCUCACGCUCACUGCGCCUCGCGACGUGCUGCCGUUUGUGACUGCCUGGUGUGCAGCGCUGCCAGAAACUCUGGACGCGACCCGCUCGAGCCUCUACCCCGUCGUCGAGAUGCUCUACAGCCGGUUGAAGGGCAAGGACCUCGACCUUGUCGUGCACCUGGCGGGGCCGUGCUUGGCAGCGUUGCUGCAAGGCGGUGCGCUCACCCCGGUGCCCGCAUUGAACGACUUUGUCUUGACGGCCAUUGAGGUUGACGCGGACCACUGCGACGAGUGCGCUGCGUUUGGUGUAUUUUUGCUCGAUGGCCACUGCAUGGAAUUUCGGUGCGAGUACGACGACGGUCCCUGCAAAGCACUCGAAGAGCUCGUGAAGGCCUACCCGCUCGAGCUUUUGCUGGACCAAGUGGACGGAAGCGACGACUCGGCGAGCGACUCUGACGACGAGCGCUCGGCCAACUUUUUUAUUUGGAAGCGAGCGCAACCCGGUGGUGCAACGAUUGACGACCUUAUCGAGUAUCUUCACCGCAGUGCUCAGCGGCAAGGAGACAUUGCGCGCGUUGCAGUGCUCGACGAGGUACUCGCACUCCAUGCGGCCGCCAUGGACGUCGACGCACCUGCGCCAAAGCGCCCACGUCAUGAAACGUAG